GGCUUCCGGCGGGGCCCGGCAGGCGCCGAGGAGGAAGAGCGAACCGUGAGGGCGCUUCUCUGCCGAGUGUCGGCGCGGCCCAGGAUGACGACUUCAGGCGCUCUGUUUCCAAGCCUGGUGCCAGGCUCCCGUGGGUCCUCCAACAAGUAUUUGGUGGAGUUUCGGGCCGGAAAAAUGUCAUUGAAAGGAACUACUGUCACCCCAGAUAAACGGAAAGGGCUUGUGUACAUUCAGCAGACGGAUGACUCCCUCAUUCACUUUUGCUGGAAAGACAGGACAUCGGGGAACGUGGAAGACGAUUUGAUCAUCUUCCCUGACGACUGUGAGUUCAAGCGCGUGCCUCAGUGCCCCAGCGGGAGGGUCUACGUGCUCAAGUUCAAGGCGGGAUCCAAACGGCUCUUCUUUUGGAUGCAGGAGCCCAAGACGGACCAGGACGAGGAGCACUGCCGUAAGGUCAACGAGUAUCUGAACAACCCGCCGGUGCCCGGAGCCCUAGGGGCGAGUGGGAGCGGAGGCCACGAGCUGUCUGCGCUGGGCGGUGAGGGCGGCCUGCAGAGCCUGCUGGGGAACAUGAGCCACAGCCAGCUCAUGCAGCUCAUCGGCCCCGCCGGCCUCGGAGGGCUGGGUGGCCUGGGGGCGCUGACAGGGCCGGGCCUGGCCAGCUUACUGGGGAGCGGAGGGCCUCCAGCUAGCAGCUCUUCGUCCAGCUCCCGGAGCCCGUCGGCAGCGGUCACCCCGUCCUCCACCGCCCCUUCCACGCGCGCCACCCCAGCCCCCUCCGCUCCAGCAGCUGCCUCGGUGAGCAGCCCGAGCCCCGCGCCCAGUCCAGGCAAUGGAGCCAGCACGGCAGCCAGCCCGACCCAGCCCAUCCAGCUGAGCGACCUUCAGAGCAUUCUAGCCACUAUGAACGUGCCGGCCGGGCCAGGAGGCGGCCAGCAAGUGGACCUGGCCAGCGUGCUGACGCCCGAGAUCAUGGCCCCCAUCCUUGCCAACGCGGAUGUCCAGGAGCGCCUGCUGCCCUACCUGCCGUCCGGGGAGUCGUUGCCGCAGACUGCAGAGGAGAUCCAGAACACGCUGACCUCGCCCCAGUUCCAGCAGGCCCUGGGCAUGUUCAGCGCGGCCUUGGCCUCGGGCCAGCUGGGCCCCCUCAUGUGCCAGUUUGGGCUGCCCGCAGAGGCCGUGGAGGCCGCCAACAAGGGCGAUGUGGAGGCGUUUGCCAAAGCCAUGCAGAACAGUGCCAGCCCCGAGCAGCAGGAGGGCGACGGGAAGGACAAGAAGGACGAGGAGGAGGACAUGAGCUUAGAUUAAGUUAUCUGCUGUCUAGAGGCUCGGGUUCCAGGGCGGGCGGCCUCAGUAGUGGCGCUUGUGAUCGCACCCCUCUCACCUCUCUCCCAACUUGCUAAUCAGUAAAAGUCUUGUCUUUUA